UCAUCGCGCGCUUCUUCAAGCAGCCCACCUUCUGCAGCCACUGCACCGACUUCAUCUGGGGGUUUGGGAAGCAAGGCUUCCAGUGCCAAGGCAACCAAAAGGGGCCCAUUGUUCUUUGCGGAGGUCGAUGUUAAGAAAUAAGAAGAAAGAAACCUGCUGUUCAGUUCCCCAGCAGAAGCGUCUGGGCCACCGGCCAAGAAUCCCCUGGCUUGGAACCUGAGCUAAGAAAGAGCCCCUGGUCACGUGGCAGAUAGAAGGCUGCAUGGAAACCUCGAGGCCAGUUUGCUGUUUUGUGGUUCACAAGAGGUGCCAUGAAUUUGUUACCUUUUCUUGUCCGGGUGCGGAUAAGGGACCUGACACUGAUGACCCCAGGAGCAAGCACAAGUUUAAAAUCCACACCUACGGGAGCCCCACCUUCUGCGAUCACUGUGGGUCACUGCUGUACGGACUCAUCCACCAGGGGAUGAAAUGUGACACCUGCGACAUGAAUGUUCACAAGCAGUGUGUGAUCAACGUCCCCAGCCUGUGUGGGAUGGACCACACGGAGAAGAGGGGACGGAUCUACCUGAAGGCCGAGGUCACCGAUGAAAAGCUCCACGUCACGGUACGAGAUGCAAAAAACCUGAUCCCCAUGGAUCCCAACGGGCUUUCAGAUCCCUACGUGAAGCUGAAGCUCAUUCCUGAUCCCAAGAAUGAAAGCAAACAAAAAACCAAAACCAUCCGCUCCACACUGAACCCCCAGUGGAACGAGUCCUUUACGUUCAAAUUAAAGCCGUCCGACAAAGACCGACGACUGUCUGUAGAAAUCUGGGACUGGGACCGAACAACAAGGAAUGACUUCAUGGGGUCGCUCUCCUUUGGCGUCUCGGAGCUCAUGAAGAUGCCAGCCAGUGGAUGGUACAAGCUGCUGAACCAAGAAGAAGGUGAAUACUACAACGUGCCCAUUCCAGAAGGGGACGAAGAUGGGAACGUGGAGCUCAGGCAGAAAUUCGAGAAAGCCAAGCUGGGGCCCGCAGGCAACAAGGUGAUCAGUCCCUCGGAAGACAGGAAGCAGCCGUCCAACAACCUGGACCGAGUGAAGCUCACCGACUUCAACUUCCUCAUGGUGCUGGGGAAAGGCAGUUUUGGGAAGGUGAUGCUGGCGGACAGGAAGGGCACGGAAGAGCUGUAUGCCAUCAAGAUCCUGAAGAAGGACGUGGUGAUUCAGGAUGAUGACGUCGAGUGCACCAUGGUGGAGAAGCGGGUUCUGGCCCUGAUGGACAAGCCGCCCUUCCUGACACAGCUGCACUCCUGCUUCCAGACCGUGGACCGGCUGUACUUUGUCAUGGAAUACGUCAAUGGCGGAGACCUCAUGUACCACAUCCAGCAAGUGGGAAAGUUCAAGGAGCCACAAGCAGUAUUCUAUGCAGCAGAGAUUUCCAUUGGGCUGUUCUUCCUUCAUAAAAGAGGAAUCAUCUAUAGGGACCUGAAGCUAGAUAACGUCAUGCUGGACUCGGAAGGACACAUCAAAAUCGCUGACUUUGGGAUGUGCAAGGAACACAUGAUGGACGGGGUCACCACCAGGACCUUCUGUGGGACUCCAGAUUACAUCGCCCCGGAGAUCAUCGCUUAUCAGCCGUACGGCAAAUCCGUGGACUGGUGGGCCUACGGCGUCCUGCUGUAUGAGAUGCUGGCUGGGCAGCCUCCCUUUGAUGGCGAGGACGAAGAUGAGCUGUUUCAGUCCAUCAUGGAGCACAACGUUUCCUACCCAAAAUCCUUGUCCAAGGAGGCCGUCUCCAUCUGCAAGGGGCUGAUGACCAAACACCCGGCCAAGCGGCUGGGCUGCGGGCCCGAGGGAGAGCGGGACGUGAGGGAACACGCCUUCUUCCGGAGGAUCGACUGGGAGAAACUGGAGAACAGGGAGAUCCAGCCGCCGUUCAAGCCCAAAGUGUGUGGCAAAGGAGCAGAAAACUUCGACAAGUUCUUCACGCGAGGGCAGCCCGUGCUCACGCCGCCGGAUCAACUGGUCAUCGCUAACAUAGACCAGUCUGAUUUCGAAGGGUUCUCGUAUGUCAACCCCCAGUUCGUGCACCCCAUCCUACAGAGCUCAGUAUGAAAGUCGCCGGCGAGACCCAGCGUGCCCACCCCCUGCAGCCCCCAGCACCCCUAGCGGCGGGAAGUGAUCCUUAACCCUAAAAUUUUAAGGCCACGGCCUUAUGUUUUUGCUCCACAUGGAGGCCUGAAAAUUGUAGGGUUAUAGUCCCAAGGCGAUCAGCUGUCCAGGGUCUCUCUCUUAAAACCAAGAACAUUAUGUUAGUGGAUACGCAAAUCGUGAACAGCGGCCGGUUUGAUCAUGUGGGAGUUGCACCUGGCUGUAGGCCAACCCCUCCUAGGCAGAAAGCAGGCCCUCGCCCCUCUUUUUUUUUUUUUUUUGGUACGAUUUGGUAUAUUCCCAUAUCCUGUUUCUGGCUGGAUUCUCACCAUGAGGCUCCCCCCAAGCAGAGAAGCGAAAGUGAACCUGCCCCAGCCUGGUGGGCCGGAAGCACCUCCAACCAGGAGGUAAAGGAAUGGGAACAGGAGCUCAGAGAAGGGGAGGUCUGCGAGCUGCCAGCCGCGGUCUGUGCCUCGGUGGAGACGACCCCUUGGGUGUGAGAGGCCGGGACGAGACUACUCACUAUCCCCCGACAUCGACACGGCGUCACCAACUCUAGCCCAGCUUCCAAAACAAAAAGAAAAUCUCAGAUGAGCCUUGGGUGAUGAUCUGUCCUCCGGUCCCCUGCUUGGUUGAUAACUAUCUUGACACUUGCAUUUGUUUUGUUGUUUUUUUUUCCCCCAAGAGGCCAAACCAUCAAGGACUUUG